GUCUAGCAGAAUGUUUUGCUCGACUGGUUCUAGUGGAUGAUUUAAUACUGUAAUCGUAGUAUUUAUCAAAAAUUAAAAUCACAUCGUAUCGCACUUGUUAUAAUUAUUAUCUUUUUAUUAAAAUGAUGUCGUUGUGACAAGGGUGACAGAGUGGCAUCAAUCGGAUUCUUAAAAUAGACCUACUUAGUGACCUAAAACCGCAAAAAAAUGUUCACCGUACCUUACUUCCAGCUUUUUCGUCUGGAUUCCAGACUAUAAAGGUUCUUUGGAAAUUUUCCAUCCCUCAGAGUUCUUCCACUCGAAAUUUCUACUGAAGUACUGAACAUUCUACGAAAAUCCCAUUAAAUCACUGAAGAGUGUGGAGAAGCUCCAAGUAACCCUUGAAAAUUCAUACUAGAAUUUCUCAAAAUUUUUCAGGAAUUAUCUCAAGCAAAACGAACCUGUGGAAUCUUGAUUUCGGAUCUGAACGUGGGAUCCUCCUGGUCGUAGCCGAGCAUCUAACACAUUAGGUUGUGUUUCAACGAUGUAUUGUUUUUAGAAAAUCACUCAAAAACGUAAAAACUUUUUAUUGUUUCAUUUCUUUGUGCCUUUUUUGUGGUUUUGAUAUUUGCUACAAAUUGUGUUUGCACAAGCUUUUCGGAAAUGAUUUCAAUUUUUUUUAGAAAUCUCGUAGCGUAGAAUUUUUAAUGGAUCUCUAGAUAACCAUGGAGAGAAUCAAUAAACAAUUUGGAAAGCACUUGAACCCGUUAAUGGUUCGUCAAAAUCUUUGGAAAAGUCUAUAAUCCAGAAUCCUUCUUCCAAUAAUGUACGAAAUACCCCAGAAAAAUCAAGAAAACAAGAAUCAUUGUACCUUUAAUAACAAAAUUUCUAAAUAUUUAUUGGCCUUGGAUCGAAAUCUCCCAGUCAUAGUUGAAAAGGUUCCCUUCCGUGGUCUAUGAUCUAUAUAUAGAUUAAAUUACAGCAUGCUGCGUAUUUUGAUCAGGUUAUAUUUAGACUUUCACCUUUGGUCUUUAGGUCAUGAAGAUUUGUAACAUUUCAUCAUAACGAUAAGAGCUGUUGUGCUACUUUUAAUUGUUAGUGCAGCAACAGUAGUAAAAUGUUUGUCACUAUUUCGAUUUUGUUGCUGAUUUUUACUAUUUUCUACACCUGGUAUGUGAAAAAGAAAUAUUCGUACUGGGAGGAAAGGGGCGUACCGAAUCCGAAACCUUCGCUCAUCCUUGGGAACAUUGGAAAAAUGAUAACUUGGCAACGUACAUUGACCGAUUUCUUUAAAGAUGUUUAUAGAGAAUAUGAGGGAUACUCGUAUGUGGGAAUCUACAAUUGUUUAACACCCGCCGUUGUUCUACGAGAUCCUGAUCUGAUAUCCGACCUACUCAUCCGCAAUUUCGAUAGUUUCACGGAUACAAUGAUUGAGAUUGCCGAUCCGAUUGCAUCAAUACACCCUGGAUUUGUCGAGAGGGAUAGGUGGAAAACGCUUCGGAGGGAGAUGGUUGGGAAUUUGACCAAAACGAAGAUUAAAGGCAUGCUCGUCCACAUAGAGAAGGUUUGUGAGGAAAUGCUGGAGUAUUUGAAGCGUAAAAAUUACUGCGUAAAGGCUACGGAUCUUUCGUUUAAAUUUACGGGAGACAAUGUCAUGGCUUGCGCGUACGGGUUGGAUGGCAAAUCUUUUAUCACGGGUACCUCCCUCAUGGAGCAGAUCAGAGACGAGAUGUCCAUGAGUACCAAGAUAGGCUCGUUGUUCCACACCAGUGGAUUAUUCUUCCCAAAAUUAUGCAAGCUAUUUCAAAUAUCGUACUUGGGAAAGCAAGUGCCUGAUAAAUUCAAGGAGCUCAUCGCAAUGGUGGUUACCUAUAGAGAAGACAGCACAUAUGCUUAUAACGACUUUGCUAAUUUCCUAAAAGAAUCAAAACAGAAGAACGACGACAAUUAUUUCGGCUACGCCAUGUCAUUUUUCCUUGAUGGCUUUGAAACAAGUGGAUACGCGCUUAUUUACACACUUUUGGAAGUUACCAGAAACCCUAUUGUACAAGAAACUGCCCGAAAGGAGGUGGAGGUUACGUUAAAAACCCACAACACCGUGCACUCAUAUGAAGCCCUGAAGAGCAUGGUAUACCUAGACAGCAUAAUCCAUGAAACGGUUCGAAAGCAUACAGUGAUUAAGUUCAUAAAUCGCAAGUGUACAAAGGACUUCGUGCUACCCGCACCUCGCGCUGGGCACGGCAAACCCGUAACAAUAACAAAAGGGACUCACAUCUUCGUUCCAAUUGAAGCAAUCCAUCGAGACGAAAAGUAUUUUCCCAACUCAUCAAAAUUUGACCCCAACCGGUUUUUCGACGAGCACAUAAUGGAAUCGAGACCUAAGAAUGCGUACUUGGGUUUUGGUGAUGGUCCAAGAGUUUGCCUAGGAAAAAAAUUCGCGGUGGUACAAAUGAAGAUGAUACUCGUUACGCUUUUGUUAAACUUUACGCUUAAAAUUCACGAGAAAACGGUAUUUCCAUUAGGAAAGGAGUUUUACCACCUGAGUAAGUCGCCGAAAGGUGACAUAUGGAUAGAGUUUUUGCCAAGGUCUUAAUCAUACAUUUUAUUUAAUUAUAUUGAAUAAUGUAUCUUGAUUUUUUUAUUCUAGCAAUACAAAUCCAUUACAAACAUA